CCCUUGCAGAUGCCUCAGAAGCCAAAUAGUGAGCCAAAGCAGUUGCACUGAAGCUCCCUAACACAAGGAUAUUACAUAGGCAGUUGCUUUAGUUCUGAAUAUGGACCGUUUGUAUUCUAGCAUAGGCGAAAUGUCAACCAAAGUACCAAACGUUAAACUGAAAAUUGAUCCUCAGGACCUGCAGAUCCAGACUUUCACAGUAGAGAAAUUACUGGAACCACUUAUAAUUCAGGUUACAACAUUAGUGAAAUGUCCACAGAAUCCUUCUGGUAAGAAAAAGGGACGUUCAAAAAGAGCUCGUGUCUUGUUAGCUUCUGUGGAAGAAGCCACUUGGAAUCUAUUGGACAAAGGGGAAAAAAUUGCCAAGGAAGCAACCGUCUUAAAGGAGGAACUUCAUGCAGCAUUGGCUGAUGUUCAGAAAGAAAGUCAAGCUCUAAAGAUAUCAGCAGAGGCUUUUACCAGUGAUCCCUGCUAUUUGCCUAAGAGGCAGGCAGUUGUUCAAACAGCACGAUCUCUCCUUACAGCUGUUACACGGCUUCUUAUUCUGGCAGACAUGGUUGAUGUGGCAUACUUACUGGAACAUUUAACUGUGUUUCAAAGAACUUUCGAAACAUUAAGAAAUGUAUCCAGUAGAUCUGAUCUGCAAAAUACCUACCAGAAGUUUCAAAAGGAUCUGGAAAACCUAGAUUAUUUGGCAUACAAACGUCAGCAGGAUUUGAAAUCUAGUGAUCAGCGAGAUGAAAUUGCUGCAGCACGUGCAACCCUGAAAGAAAAUUCUUCUCUUCUUCAUUCAAUAUGUUCAGCUUGUUUGGAACAUUCGGAUGUUGCAUCCCUUACAGCCAGCAAGGAUUCAAUUUGUAAUGAAAUACAAAAUGCCCUCAAUGUGAUUUCUAAUGCUUCCCAAGGAGUUGGGAAUAAAAAGGGACAACCUGCAUCUUACAGAGCUACUCUAGGAAGUGCACUUGAUGAGCUUGAGCAUUUGAUCAUCCAGGAUCCUCUUUUAGUGAGUGAAGACAAAAUAAGGCCAUCGCUAGAGAAACGUUUGGAAGCCAUUAUCAGUGGAGCAGCUUUGCUAGCUGAUUCUUCCUGCACACGUGAUUUCCAUCGAGAGCGCAUCAUUGCUGAGUGCAACGCUAUCCGUCAAGCUCUCCAAGACCUGCUUUCUGAGUACAUAAACAAUUGUCCUGCUUCUGAAAUUCAUAUGACUACAUUUGGAGGUUGUGUCCAAGAAUUUUUUUAACUAAAGGUCCUUGUUCGUUGAGUGGAUGCCUGAUUGCCUCCGAUUGAAUUCCAAAACAAUAGCUUAGAAUUUAGAUAGAGAUAGAUGAUGUCAAGAUGGCCUGAGCAUCACACUUAGUUUUCUGAUCUCUUCAAUGUGUAUACUGUCACUAUUACAUACAACACAGCUAACUGUUAUUUCAUUCAUGCAAGAUUAAAACCAGACAGAUCACGUCCUUGUAUCAUAGCUUUCAUAUAAUUAGCAGAGUGAAAUUAUUUCCUGCAAAGCCUAACGGAUGCAAGUCAUCAGAAGAUGAAGUUAUGAGGAGUGGAAUUUCAAUGGAUAUAUAGCUUCAAAUACCUCAAGCAGUACUUCAGUUAUUUCUAAGAAUUUAAAUAACCUUACAUCCCCUGUUAAGCAGCAGAGCUCCACUAAUAUCAAGAAAACUGUCUUAAUUUAAACUUGCUGAGGUUAUGCCUAUGAAUCUUUAGAGAGAAACAGAAAUAGUUACAGUCUUUCUAAAUUUUCUUUUGAGUAAAUGUUUCUUGGAGCUGCACUGCACUGACUUAUCUUAUGCAUUUGGGUGUCUUCUAAUGUAAAUUGUGCUUCUUGGGUUCUUUUUCACAAAGGCAGGUGCUAGGGGAAAAGGUAACAAAUAGAUGUAUGCAGCAUAUAGAUCUGAUGGGGCUGAAUUAGGGUUUAGGUCCAGCUCUGUUGCCUACAUAAACCAGUAGAACUUCUCCUGUGCUGCCCUAUGUUAAAGAUCACUUUUGAAUUGGGAUAUUAAAAUAGAACCAUCUCUUUCCACCGUUGGGUCCAGUUGUUGUAUGUGCGAGUUAUAGUCUUCAGUAAUGACAUCUCUCUUACAAACAAGUCUGUGUUAUGGUUCUAAGAUUAUGUGUUAGAGUAAAUACAGUCACACUGAGCAAAGAACUAAUACUUUUAAGUGUUGGUGACUCAUCCACAGUAAUUUAGCAGGUGGCUGCCUACAAUUUCCCGGUGCCAUCAAUCUCCUAGGUAGUAUUAUUUCCUGCCUUCAUAUGUAUGGAGGAGGAUAUUAUACACUGUGAAUUUCUGAUGAUGGGGAUGAUACGUAGCCUUUGUAUAGUGUUUUUUUACCUUCAGGGCAGUUUACAAAUAUAACUUAAUGUUUUAAUUCUUUAUGUUUUAAUUCUUCUAAUGAAGAAGAAUUUAUGAAUUUGUUUCAAUAAUUCUAAUGUUUUAAUUCUUCUCAGUUCACAUGCUGAACUUAAUGUUCAUCAUCCACUUCAAAGUUAGUAAGUAUUGCUAUCCCUUUUUUAUAGUGUGGGGAAUUGAAGCGAAGGAGUUAGCACAGCUUCACAAGACUUUGGAAGGAAUCAUGUCAGUAAUUUGCCUAGAUUUUAUUCAUCAUUUCAUGUUUCUUUAUUUAUCCCAUUGUUUCCUGGUGUGAGUAUUGAACAAAGUGUAAUGUCAGAGUGCGCUGAUAUUAGGUAAGCAAUUGCAAGUGGUACAUGUUUUAGAAAUUCAUAAGCUAAGAAUUUUAAAACUUCUGAUUCAUAAGACAGUAUGAGGUAAAGACAUUCACAUUGUUUUACAUGCUAGUACAGCUGUGGAGAAUGGCUGUAAAUCAAAUAUGCAACUUUGUCUGUCCACAAAAAGAGAAAAAGGAUAGAUGUAUAGUUACAAAAGAAGAACUGAAGAGGCUUUCUGUUUCAAAUCUAAAAUAAGUGGUUUCUUUGUAUUUUUUUUUUCUUUAAUUCCUGAACACUUCUAGAAAUAAGCUUGUGAUUUCUGACUAAGGAUUUAUAUUUAGAAAAAUAAGUGUUUGGCUUAACGAACUGUUAACUUGUGGUGAUAAGCAUCCUUUUGUAGAAUUUAGGAGUAACGACCUUUCUUAAUGCUUUCUUCUUUUAUGGUUAAUAUGAUGAGCAUAGACUCAAAAUACUUCCAAUUUUUCGAUAUGGUUUUAGGUCACUGUAAGUAUUUGAGUCCUUUUGGCCUUAUGUGAAAAAAAUAAAAAUAAAAAAAUUACGACUUGAUCUAGUAAUUACUUAAAUUCAUUCUUACAUCUGUAUGAAAGGUUGGUUAUUGUGGAAGUAAAUGUAGUUUUUUUUUUUCUCCACUUUAAAUAUAUUUUUAUUUUUGUGGGCAAUUCUUUAGAUGUACUGGUCUUUAUCAGAUCUUACAUCAGUACGCACCAAAAGCUUAAAAAUCUGGAAAAGUUGACAACACAGCAAACUGAGGCAUAACAUGCUAAAGUGAGGAGUACAAAGAUCAACUAUGUUAUCCAGCAGAGAGUACUCAUUUUUCAGUACCAAUGAAAUCUGUCUUUAUAGUGAUGAGCAUCCAAACGCGUACUUUCAAGACAACUAACGCACAUUCCUUUUGCAAACUUAGCAACUACUGCUAAAGUAUUUGUGGAAAGCUCAGCAUUACCAGUUGCUGGGGAGCUGAGGAAGACUUUCCUGCCUUGGAGGGACAAGUUACUUCUCUUCAAUUCUGUUGCAUCUCGUGAGCUGAAUAGCCCACUGCAUCUUUCCUUCAGUGUGAAUAUUUAUACAGUUUCUCUCGCGUAUUCUCUUCCUUAUGAUCUCAAUAUUUGUAAGAACUAUUUUUAAGACAUCUUUCCUCUACAAAAUUAAGCCAAAAUAGGGCAACUUGUUAAAAAGUAGCAAGAAAGGAGGCAGAAUGACAUAUGCACAGAUAUAAGCAUUCAAAGCCAUUGUGAUUUCCUGAAGAAAUAAUGCUUAAGAGACAGGCAGAAAACUUCAGCUCAAACAGCUCUGCUUCUCUAAAUAUUAUUCCUUUCUCCCAGCACUUUUGAGAGCAUUACAGAAGAUGUGAUAAGUAAAGACAACUUUAAUACAGCUGUUUACUAAAGCUCUUGGGGAAAGUCUAGCAAAAUAUGCUUUCAUAAAUAAAACAGAGUUAAUUAAGAACCACUUGAAAAGAUAGCACAGGGGAAAGUUGGGAGAAAAUUACCAUGUAAUGUGAGUGGUGGUUAGCAGAAGCAUAAUUCUAGCUGAAAUGAGCCAGAUAUCUUACUGGGAGCUUGAUUCAUCCAUUCCUCCUCAUGUUGGUUAGCAUCUUAUUAAACAAAUGAUGCCAUUAAAAUUGAUGGAACUGCUUGGCAAUAAUAAUGGCAGCAGAAUAAGGCUUUCUCUAUGCAAGUUGCAACUAGAAAUGUGAUAAAUGAUAAAGAGAAGGAUACUGUGUGAAUGCAACAAAUUUUAAUAUACGUGUUUAUUUUUCAGAAGUCAGAAGCAAGUAAUCUUAUAUGAAAUGUGAAGGGACAGUGGUAGUCUGUAACACAGUAAGCAAACAGCACAUUUUCUAAAUAAGAUUUUAUGUGGCAUAGUUACAAAAGUAAAACAAACCUGAUCCUUGAGAAUAGAGUGUCAAAAUGUGGUCACUAGACUCUUAGCCUGUGCCGAAGGACAUAAGUGGCAACUCUUAAUGGUGACUGCUCUUAGUAAACAGUUUGGUUUGAAUCCAUUUCUAAGUGGUCAGAUGCUGAGCUGCAUGAUUCCCGUGAAGGUGUUUGAGAACUGGUUUUGUUUUUCCAAAGUGGCAUGGUGGCUGAAUGAUGAUGUCAUGGAUGCCAUGAAGUCUCUGGAUAAAUAGGCCAGUAAUGAGAAUGAGUUACUUUUGAUUUUUGUUUUUUUUGUUUUUUUUUUAAACUGCACUGGAGAAAUAAAGCACAUCUUUGGAGGCUUUAGAGAGGCUUUCUUUAAGGUUUUCUGUGGUUGGAACGACUUUGUCAUUUCUAACAGAACAGUUCUCUCAGUGUCUUGUAAUACCUUCUGGUUGUUUUUUUUUAUAUGUUUCAUUCAUGAGGGAUGUGCCUGGCUAAUAUUGUCUGUGUUAGAUUUGCAUUUUAUGAUGUAAGAUAUGCAGUCUACGGUCAUUUUUUUUAUCAGAUCUCAUGAACUGGCUAAUUCUACCUUAGCGCUGUAGUUCUUGACACAGCUGGAGGUUACUCUUUAGGAAGUAAAAAUAAAUUACUAGCCCUAUUUGCCUGGUUGUUCAGGGAAAGACAGCUAUUAAGACAUUGUCACAUGUGUGUACAUGCUGCCAUUAGAACUAUUCUCCUCAGAGCUUUUCUGAGGCCUUUGAGCUGUGGAAGAGCUGCAUGGUGCACUACAUAGAAACCUGCAAAUUCUCAAAUUCAUGUUCAUGAGGUGGGCUGUUUAUUUAAUUCAGAUAAAUGCUGUCUGUUAUCCUUACGUUUAAUCAAAUACGCUUGUUAAAAAUCUUUGUUUUGAAAAUCGAUCUGUAACUUCUGUCACAGUUACGUUUUUUUCUGAUCCCAUUUUAUGUCCAUAUUCCCCUGUCUUUCCACUCAAAAAUGGUGGAAAGUUCCAUGAUAUCACUGUGACCCUUAAGUGGUGUUUCAAGUUAGCUUUUAAGAAAAUUGUAUAUAGCACAAGUAUAUAAAUUCUUCCCAAUCAUAAGUAUUUACACACAGUAUUACAACAUAGACAUCACUAAACCACUUUCCAUGCUUU